AUGAAUCGAACUUUGAGUGUGAUUCUUGAACAAACAGAAGAAAGAGAGAUAAGUGAGCCCCAAUCUCCUUCAAACACUCUAAAAAGCGACUGUAAACAAAGCGAUCGAUCUUCUUUAACUGAUGUGACGUCCAAGCGUGCUUCUUUGGCGUUCUCAGUUAGAAAAGUUGAUAGUAACAUAGACACAUCCCUUCUGGACUCAUAUAUUUAUGAUAAGUCUCCAAGAAAUCAGCGGCCAGAUAUGCUUAUUAAGCUAAUUUGCUCGAAAAUUUCUUUUUUUUAAAAGAAUAUAAAUUUUUAUUGGCAUUGCUUAUUUAUCUGCAUAGGAAUACUGAUUUAGACAAAUUAAUUAAAUCAAAAAUUGUGUCUGGUGAUAAAUGCUCUUGUACAUGCAGUAUAUUUUAA